AUGGUACAGGCCAGUAGUGGUAAAUUCCUCGAUGAAGAGACUUAUUCGAGGCUCAUGGGCUUCGUAGCUGGGAUGUUCUCCGGUGUUGCCAAGAACACUGUUGGGCAUCCUUUCGAUACCGUUAAGGUGAGACUACAGACAUCACAGGGAACCGGUAGAUUCAAAGGACCAUUGGACUGUGUUUACAAGACUUUGAAACAGCAGGGCCCUCGAGGACUGUACCUCGGAUUUACACCACCACUAGUAGGAUGGGUUCUGAUGGAUGCAGCUCUACUAGGUAGUUUACACAAUUAUAGAAUGCUAUUGCACAAAUACGUUUACCCCGAGUAUGAGAAACUGCCACUGUCGGGGUGUAUAAUCAGUGGUGUCAUGUCUGGUUGGACCGUUAGUUUCAUUGCAGCACCAGUAGAGUUGGCCAAGGCGAAGUUGCAAGUGCAAUACGGGCCUGGGACUACCAAGUACAGUGGUCCUAUCGAUGUUAUUCGGAAAGUUUGGGCUCAGAGCGGUGUGAGAGGUCUUUACAAAGGUUUGAUCAGUACGCUGAUAUUUAGAUCAAAUUUCGUCUUUUGGUGGGGGUCAUACGAACUAAUCACACAAUGGUUCAAAAACAAUACUAAACUCAGUGACCCUGCAAUCAAUUUCUGGGCAGGUGGGUUAAGUGCCUCCUUUGGUUUCUGGACCACUGCCUUUCCUUCAGACGUCGUAAAACAGAUCGUAUUAUGCAAUGAUAAAUGUGACGGAAGCUUCAAAGCUUGGAGAGACACUGUUCGUGAUGUCUACCAAAAGCAAGGAAUUAAAGGCUUCUUCAGAGGAUUUGUACCUAGUUUCUUAAGAUCUUUCCCAGCUAACGCAGCAGCACUAGCUGCUUUCGAGUUUGUCCUGCGGAAUAGCGGGGCCAAACCUUCCUAG